AUGCAUCCACCGAGAUCUCGUCCCAGGCGAGAAGUCUCACUUCACAAAUUCGUCUUGGCCAAAAGUAUGUUGAACACGAUACAAGAGCAUGAAGAACGACUUUGCUUUCAACAACACCAACAAGAUGUGUCUCACUCAAACACAGCUCAGCAGGAGCCAUCAUCCCCCUUCAGUAUACCUGCUCCAGCACCCAUACUUACAAAUGAUGACAGCAGCAACAGCAGCAGCAACAAUGCACUUUCUUCUAUUACUACUACUACUUCUACAACUACAACUACUACUACUAAUGCUGCUGCGACUGCAACAUCCUCAACUUCUUCAAAUGUCAAUGAUUGGUUGUACUUGCAAGACCCUGAUUCUGAGCCGCAGCAACAACCGCUAACAUGUGAUCCAUGGCCUUGGUCUUCUUACGAUGAUACCCCCACAUUGCUCUCUCAUGAUACACCACCACCAUCACCAUUGGCAGAAGAAGAAGACGAAGAGCGAGAGCAUCAUCAUCAAUAUACCACAACCAAUACCACGCCUCAAUCAUUUAUUGAUGCCGCAGCCUUUGAGCAGCCUUCAAUCAACACAACGAGAGAGUCAAGUUUUGCAAACAAUACCAACAACGUAUUGCAACCCACACUAUUACAACCAGUGGAUGGUGGUUUGAAUGAUGUUUUGAAAUCCACAUCUUCGAAGAGGAGCUUUGAUCAAGUGGAUGGGGAUGAUGGUGCAUUACAACCUGCUGCUUCCAAAAGACGUCUCGAUCAAGAAAGCGCUGCGGAAAAUGACAAUGAGGCUGCUACUACUACCCCCAAUCAAGUGGAUGCUGAUGCUGCAAAGCCCGCUACUACGUCCAAGAGAAGCUUCGAUCAAGUGGAUGAUGAUGAUUCUUCACAACCCAUUACUUCCAAGAGACGACUCAAUCAAGUGGAUGGUGACGAGGACAAUGACGUAUUGCAGCCCACCACCCCAUCAAAGAAACGACUCAAUCAAACGAAUCCUGCUGUUGCUGCUGCGGAAGAUAACAAUGACACCACCUCCCUUCAGCAGCCAACAACUACAUCCAUCCGAUGUCUCAGCCAAGUCAAUGCAACAGAAGAUGACAAUGACACUACUCCUCCCACAACUACAACAACAACAACUUCUUCAUCUACUACCGCUGGACGGUCUUCUACACCCCCGGCUACUCCUCCAUUAUCACCAUUGCUAUUGAGCGCUUGA